UCACUGAUGAUUCUGAUUUAUUUUUAUCAUCUUCUGUGUUUGAAAAUAACACUCCAGUAGGAAUGGCUAAAAAUAGACAAAAGAGAGAAUUACUAGAAAGGAAAAGAUUUGUGCCCGCUCAAAUAUUAACGCGACAGUUCCACUACUACUGCGUGACUCUACUUGGAAACAUUUGAUUGACAACCACAUACGUAUUGUAGUAUGACUGCACUUGACGUCCACGCACGACUGAGUUCUGAUGUUUGCAUGGCCUUCUGAAGUACGAACAAUCUUUGAAAUGUUACAUUCAAGGGUCGUCGUUUCUUUUGAGACAACGUGACAUCAUGCAACACUUUUGGCCUACGUGCAUGCACGGCAUCCUUUUAAGAGGUGCUGAUGUCACAACUGCUCAUCCUCGUCCUCUGGAUUAGUCAAGCUAACCUGUGUGUUUUUUUGGCGUGCGACACAAGAAAGUGCGUCAUCAUCAUCACGGCUAACAAUCAAAAGUGCUGACGUGUGUGAAGAAUGACGGUCAAACAGGACAACAUUUGUUGUGCAACUUUUCUCCUCAAUUUGUUACACUGGCACACACACAGUCAGUCAGUCAGUCAGUCAGGCCGUCAGCCCUAGGCAGCAUCCAGGUGGAGCGCCGGCCGAGCUGCUGGCAUCAAACUAACAUCAUGUCAUUUUCUGCUUGAAUUCCCCCAGCGUGGGCACACACACACACACGAUGCAUCAACGGGUGUGUGAGGGCGCAGCUUUUUGGCGUUUCCGCUUUCAUCGAGAUGUCGCGCCAAACUUCCUCUCAGCGUUCUGCCAAUUUGUUCUUGUGGAAUUUAUGAACGCCAGCCAUCACUGAUGCUUAAUGCAAAAAAACAAUUGAGUAAGACCUCCUCGGCAGUAGUGGGCGCCAUACUGCGGCAAACACAAACGUGCACAUUCUCGACGACAUCGGAUUCGGCCGUUUUCUUUCGGCGGCGCGCAACGAAGGUCAGACUUGCACGAAGCAGGCACCACGUGCGCCCCGACGCACGUCUCGGCUGACGGCGCUCUCCCGCCCCUUUCGGUCAGCCGUCACGCUGACGACAAACGUGAGGACAAUAUCGAUGAUCUUGACGCACGCUCGCACGCCGGCGUGAUCUGAGAGCGCCCGUGCGGGGGAGCGGCAGGAUAAGCCGGCGUGUGUGGAGAAUGCGAUUAGACGCGCGCUCAGCCAGGCAGCCAAUGGCGGCCGAGCGCCGGGCGGGCCCGCCAGCCAUAUGCAAAUGAGCGCCAUGCAAACGAGGCCACUUUUUGUCAUUUUUCGCAGCUCUCGCUCUCCUUUCUCCGCUCGGAAGGCACAAAGAGGAUUUCAGGGAAACGACACCCGUCUUCGCUUUGUGUCAUUUGUUGCCAUCUUUUCACCGGUCGCUCGCGACCACAAGAGGGCGCCAUCGGUUCAGCCCGGCUCGCAUGCCGCCUCGCACGUGGCGGCGUUGUCCCCCCCCCCCGCAACGCGCUUGAUUCUGAUGGACUACAGCCGAGCAGCUUGUACCAGGCAGGCUUUACGGUGGUAGCCCAUGUUCCGCUGCACUACUUUUGUCCAAAGGCAACAUGGCAACAGGCAUGAGCGUUUCCGCCUUCAAUUUCCAUGACAUCGGCGACUCUUUGAUUCAUUGAAGCGGCCCGAUUGCGUUGUGGGAAGCGUAGUUCUUAUGCGUGCCGUACCGGCCUUGGCUUGCUUCCUCCUGCCCUUUGGGGAAAUCUGUCAUUCCUUGACUGAAUGGAGACCGCCCCGCCCCUCCCCCUCGGCGGAAUCGAGUAUGCGUGUGUGUGAGCGAGCGAGUGUGUGUGUGUGUGUGUCAUAAAAAGAGGAAUGAAUGGUGCAAAGGAUGGAGGGAUAAAUGAGGGGAGGAUGCAAGGAAGGAAGGAGAGAAGAAAAGUCAUGACUGCUGACUCUUCAAGUGCACAAUCACACACACACACUCCGAGUGUGUGUGUGUGUGUGUGUGUACGCAGCGAGCGCUGUGAUUGGCUGAAGCAGGACACGAGGAAGCUGCAGAGGAGGCGAAGCUACAAAGAGUGCGUGUGCCGUCCAAAGGUGUGUGUGUGCGUGUGCGUGCUGAGCUGACUUUCUUUGUGCGGGAUGAUGCUUGCCGUUUGCGACGCUCGCCACUAGCCGUGUGAUAGCCCCGUGCGUGCGUGCGUGCGUGCGUUAGCCCCCGGGUGAGGAUGGAGCGCUUCCUGGCUCUCCUGCGCCUGCUCCAAAGGAGGCGCAGGAGGAGGUACCGCGCCGACGACGACUACCAGGAAGGAUACGACGACGUCUACUUCUACACCAGCAAGUACCACGCGCGCCUGCUACAUGAAGGUCCGUACACCAAACAGUCGGCGGGCUCGCGUCCGUCGGACGGCGCGCUGGCCGUCAGGAGGCAGAGCAUCCCGGAUGAGUUCCGGGGCUGCACGCUGGUGGAGCUGAUGAAGAAGGAGGGCACCACGCUGGGGCUGACCGUGUCGGGCGGCAUCGACAAGGACGGAAAGCCGCGGGUGUCCAACCUGAGGCAGGGAGGGAUCGCCGCCAGGAGCGACCAGCUGAACGUGGGCGACUACAUCCGCUCCGUCAACGGCAUCAACUUGGCCAAGUUCCGCCACGACGAGAUCAUCAGCCUGCUGAAGAACGUGGGCGAGCGCGUGCUGCUGGAGGUGGAAUACGAGCUGCCGCCCGUCUCCGUGCAGGGUUCGGGUGUCAUCUUCAAGACGGUGGAGGUGACGCUGCACAAGGAAGGGAACAGCUUUGGAUUCGUCAUCAGAGGUGGAGCCUGUGAAGACAGGAACAAGUGUCGACCCAUCGUCAUAGCAACCGUGCGCUCGGGAGGGCCAGCCGACAGGGAGGGCAGCAUCAAACCUGGCGACCGUCUGCUGAGCGUUGACGGCAUCCGUCUCCACGGCAACACGCUGGCGGAAGCCAUGAGCGUUCUGAAGCAGAGCGGACAGGAAGCCACCAUGCUGCUGGAGUACGACGUCUCCGUCAUGGACUCGGUGUCUUCGGCGUCGGGUCCUCUGCUGGUGGAGGUUGCCAAGGCGACGGGCUCCAGCCUGGGCGUGGCUCUGUCCUCGUCCAUGUUCUGCAGCAAGCAGGUCAUCGUCAUUGACAAAGUGAAAGCGGCCAGCAUCGCCGACAGGUGCGGCGCCCUCCACGCGGGCGAUCACAUCCUGUCGGUGGACGGCAAAUCCAUGGAGUUCUGCUCCCUGGCCGAGGCCACGCAGCUGCUCUCGGCUUCCUGCCACAACGUGCGCUUGGAGAUCCUGCCGCAGCACCAGGCCCGCCCGGCCCUCAACGCGCCGCAGCAAGUCAAGGUGCAGCGUUCUCCCCGCCCCCUCCCCUGGGAGACGGGAACCUCCGCACCCAUCCUCCCCCCUUACCACUACAACACGUACCAUCCUGACCAAUCGGGCGGCAGGUCGCACAACCGCCAUGCAAACAACGCGUCGCUGGGCCACACGUUCUCGCCGGGCUCCAUGUCGGCGUACAGUCUGUCGUCCCUCAACAUGAGCAUUCCCAGGAACGCGUAUCCCACCAGUCCGCGGGGCACGCUCAUGAGGAAGAAGCAGAAGAAGAAGGACUUCAAGAGCUCCCUGUCCCUGGCGUCCAGCACGGUGGGUCUGGCCGGCCAGGUGGUCCACACCGAGACCACCGAGGUGACCUUGCUGGGCGACGGCGUCAUGGGCUUCGGCCUCCAGCUGCAGGGCGGCGUCUUUGCCACCGAGACGCUCUCCUCGCCCCCGCUCAUCGCUUACAUCGACCCUGACAGCCCCGCUGAGAGGUGCGGCAUCCUCCAGAUCGGCGACAGGAUCUUGUCCAUCAACGGAGUUCCCACAGAAGACUCCACUUUGGAAGAAACCAAUCAGCUGCUCAGAGACUCCUCCAUCACCGCACAACUCACACUGGAGAUUGAGUUCGACGUGGCCGAAUCGGUCAUCCCGUCCUCCGGAACCUUCCACGUGAAGCUGCCCAAGAAACCGGGAGUGGAACUGGGAAUCACCAUCAGCUCGCCGUCCAACAGGAAAGCGGGGGACCCUCUCAUCAUCUCAGACAUCAAGAAGGGCAGCGUGGCUCACAGGACGGGCACGCUGGAGCUGGGAGACAAGCUGCUGGCCAUCGACAACAUCCGCGUGGAGACCUGCUCCAUGGAGGAGGCCGUGCAGAUCCUGCGGCAGUGCGAGGAGCUGGUCAAGCUCAAGAUACGCAAAGACGAGGACAACUCCGGUAAGCGACGGCCGGCGAGUCGCCCGUUAGCGAAGCGGCAGCCCACCCCUACGCCUCGCCUCGCAGACGAGCAGGAGGUGUCGGGGAGCAUCAUCUACACGGUGGAGCUGCAGCGCUACGGAGGGCCCCUGGGCAUCACCAUCUCCGGCACCGAGGAGCCUUUCGACCCUAUCAUCAUCUCCUCGCUCACCAAGGGAGGCCUGGCCGAGAGGACGGGCGCCAUCCACGUGGGCGACCGCAUCCUGGCCAUCAACAGCAGCAGCCUGAAGGGCAAACCCCUGAGCGAGGCCAUCACCCUCCUCCAGCAGGCGGGGGAGACCGUCACGCUCAAGAUCAAGAAACACGGCGAACGUACGUCCUCGCUGCGCCAAACCGGUCGCGGGCGUCGCCGAACCUCAGCCUGCAUUUGCCUCUGCGCAGUGUCCAGUCCCAAAUCGUGUCCGGGCCAGGAGAACCACGACGGCGAGGGCGGAGAGGAGCCCCCUCUCACGGCGCCGCCCCCUUCGGCUCAGAGGUUGUUCGGCACGCUGCCCUCCGUCGACAGCGCCGUGGAGUCCUGGGACGGGUCCAACGUGGACGGCGGCUUCGGCAGCCCGACUCCUUCCUUCCAGUCGUCGCCCUUCACCUUCCACGAGUGGCGCAACGCCAAGACGGGCAACAGCCAAUCGCCCGCUUCGUCUCGCCGGAGAGCCAAUCCGCUGCCGGACCUGUCGGGCCUCAACGACGACUGGGAACACGUCACGCUCGGCGGGUUCACGGUAGGACAUGAUGGGACAGAACCGGACCAGGAGGAGAACUUCUGGUCUCAGGCUCUGGAGGAUCUGGAGACGUGUGGACAGAGCGGAAUCCUCAGAGAACUGGAGGAACCGGAAAAGGAGACGGCGCUCCUCACUAGGGCCACCAUCAUGUCCGGCUCCACCCUCAGCCUGAACCACGAGCCGCCCGCCUCGCGCACCUCGCUGGGACGCCAGGCCAGCUUCCAGGAACGCAGCAACACCCGCCCCCAGGUGACCCCGCGCUCCAACACCUUGCCCUCCGACCCCCAGCGCAGAGCCUUCGCCAUGAAGAAGAUGAGGCAGGAAGUCAACGACAUCCUCAAUCAGACGCCGGUGGAGCUUCGCAAGCUGACUCUGGAAAAGUCUUCCGACUUGGAGGACUUUGGCUUCAGCGUGUCGGACGGCGUUCUCGAUCGCGGCGUUUACGUCAACAACAUCCGCGGCGGCGGCCCGGCCGAGCGCGGAGGCCUGCAAGCGUACGACCGCCUCCUCCAGAUCAACCACGUGCGCACUCGAGACUUUGACUGCUGCCUGGUGGUUCCGCUCAUCGCCGAGUCGUCCAACCGCUUGGAUUUGGUCAUCAGCCGAAACCCCGCCUCCUCUGCCAACCCGCUGACCAAUCAUACGGAAGGCACAGACAAUAGCCACGCCCCUCAGCCCACCGCUUACCAAAAGGAAGCGCGUGAGGACGCGGGCGAGGACGGCGCGCCAAUCAAGUGGAAGAAACCUGGGGACGGGCUGGGGGCCGGCCUGGGGGCGGGGCUAGUCACCAACACUUCUGUAUAGGGACUGAAGGCAACACGCCCCCUCGGUGCUACACACGACCUCUGAACUUGGACCUGCUGAGGCAGCCUGAAAGCACACACGCUCGCACACUUCCUGGUCCUCCACCCUGAUCCGGGUCCUGAUCCUACUCGGAGCGCAUUCCUGAUUUAAUCUCGAUACCAAUCCUGAUUUGGAUCCAAGUCCUGAGCCCCCUACUGAUCCAAAUGUCAAUCCCAAUCUCAGUCCUCAUCGCACUACUGAUCCUGAUCCCAUUAUGGGUCUCCCUCCAACCCUUGAUACCACUACUGAGCCUGAUCCCACUUGAAAUCCUAUUAUUCAUCUCACUACUGAUCCCGAGCCCUUCAAAUCCCCAUCUGGGUCUGAACCCUGACCACUUUACCGUCCCCAAUCCUAACCUUACCCCUGCAAAUUGAAAUCCAGUGCGGUCUUCAACACACCACUGACACCGAGGCCAUUCCUGGUCUCGCAAUUGUUCCUGACCCAAGUGCACCCUCAACCUCGGAGGAGGAGGUGGUCUAUCGGUGCGACAGGAAGCGGAACAGAAACAGAAGCACAGCAGCGGCACAAACACUGACGAGGGGUCACUAUUUCCGACCUGUUGGCUGCACGCCGUCGCCACGGAGACAGACGACCAACGGAUUUCUAUGGAUCCAAAGUACUUGGGGCAUCUACAUGGCAGUUGGACUUGUGUGCCAUGGAGGAAAGCGUGGAAAAACAAAACAACAUAGCAUUACAAACAUAGUGAUUAUUCUGAUGACACUGACAGACACUGAGCAGUUUCAUUUUGGUAAAAAAAAUAUAUAUAUAUACACGUUGACUGGCCACACUGUGUGUGUGUGUGUGAGUGAGUGUGUGUGAGCGUGUGUGUGUGUAUUGUCGUCUUUGGCCAACUCGGCUUCCCUAAAACCUGUUAACCCCGCCCCUCACCGUCCCUCAGCCAAUAGGCUCAAUAACGACGCCUGACUCUGAUUGGUUCGCCGCCGACCGACCGGCCACACUCACUCACGCCAACGAGCAUGACCCCGCCCCUCCUCCAGUAACUGUGAUCAAUUAUGCUAAUUGUGUGUUUUGAUUGACUGAUGUCACUUUUCUCUGUUUGUUUGUUUGUUUGUUUCCGUGACGACCGGACCUCACAAUGUCCAAAAAAAACGAAAACAAAGGUCGAGUCCUCGUCGUCACUGUGGUUUGACAUUUUAGAAAACAUGCUGUGACACGUGCGUGACGUCAACAUUUAGCUGCUAGCUCUCUUGCCUCUCUAGAAAGUCGACAUUUUCAGAAGCCUCCAAACAAACACACACAAAUGCUGCUCUGAAGCGUUGUGAUUGGAUGUCGUUUGCUUGCGUGCGAUUGGUCCUUCUAGUUGACUUGAGUUAGCCAUUCAGCUGUUUGAAGCACAGCGCCCACUAGUGGCUAGCAAACAGAGCACACACAGCUAGCUUGUGGCUAACAAGAUACUUAGCACAAGGCUAACACAGGGCUAGUCUAGCACGGCUGAGCUAACUUCAUCAACAAGAAGAAGAAAAGAGUUAGAAUUGACCAUUUCCACCAAUAGAAAGGAGCCGAGGGGCUUUUGGGGCGUGGCUUCAGGAAUGCGUGCCAUUAAGCCAUACACACACACGCACACACACUGUGUUUGUACGCGUGCGCAACCUUGCGGGUUUUUGCGCGUGCACACACGCGCAUUGCACUGCCAUUGGAAAAAAGAGAGUUGGCUUCCAUGUAGCUUCACCAACCAAACAACAAAUAAGUGAACCAACGACUUUUGUUUCAGGAACACGGACAAUGUUGUAAAGUAUUUUUGUACAAAUUUCAUACUUUGGUAGCAUGAUGUUCCUGCUGUGUGUCCUGCUGUCUCCACCUUUCUUUGUGUGGACGACGACUGAGCAACAAUAAACCCCAACUAUUCAUGACGCCUUUA